CGGCGUCGCCUGACAGUGGUAAACAGACGUCAGAAGGGAGUCUUCGCCUCGAGUCAAAACAAAACAAAACAAAACAAGUCAAAAAGACACUGAAGGAGUGGAUAUUUGGGGAGCCGCGACGGCAGGAACUUCGACAAAAGUCGCCGGUGAAUGAAAGCGGCCGCUCGGAGCCAGUUAUCGGAGGCAUUUCACGGACUUUUUCACGGAUUUGUAAACUCUGGAGUAGCGGGAGCUCGACCAGCUAACGUUACGGAGGCUAUCGUGCUGUUUUCAAAGUGCGGCUGAGUGAGUGGGGGAGCCGACAGACCUCCGGGGCGACCCAACUUCACCCAACACCCGGGGAAUCCGCUUUGUAGUGCUUUAACGAGACCGCGGGGCGAAGGCCGGCUGAGCUCCGGGCCUCGGCGGAGAGAGAGGCUUUAAUUUUUUACAACCGCCUCUUCGAGCAUCGUGUGCCGCGGCUGGAGUGUGGAGCAGAAACAUGGCAGAUGGUGACAUGCGCCCGGCCGCAAUGUGGCGGAUCGUGCAGACCUGAAGCCCGGACUUCUCCUCCUCACGAACACUUCUCCUUAUCUCUCGUUUAUCUUUUAUUUUAUUUUAUUUUAUUUUAUUUUUUAAUCAGCACUUAAACACUAUUUAACAGUUAUCUGAACCCUCUCUCCCUCUGAGCCUCUCUCUCAUUUGACACUUAGUUUUAGUUUAAUAGCAGCUUGUUUCUCACAGGGCCACAGUCUCAGUGUGUGUGAGAGAGUGUGAGUGUGUUUUUACACUUUUUGGCAGCAGGAGCUCAAAACAGUUGGACGGUAGCUUGAGAUAAUCAAGUGGUGUGCUAUUAUAGUUUACUCGGUUAUUUUUUUUGUUGUUUUUUUUGUUUUUUUUUUUCAACUUGGUUUGGUUUGUGACUGUUUCCGGAGUCAUUUGGGGAUAUUUGGGGGGGAAAAAAAAGUUGUGGUGGAGGUUUUGUGGCUAGACAUCACGUUGUUUACAAGUGGAGACGGACAGGGUCUCUCCUCUGAAGCUCCUUUGUAACACAACAGCCAGCUAAUCCUCAGUCCUCAUAGCUUUACAGUGAAGGGCUUUGAAAGUUUUAUACACGAGGGAUGAGUGUUGUCGGUACGAAAUAACCUUUAAUUUGUCGAUCUCUCUUUUUUAAAAUAUCGCCUGGUUAGAUUCGAGAAACACUUUUAAUAACACAUUAAUAAAAUAUAUGUGUUGGGGGGGAAAUAUUGAAUCGUUGAGUGUUUUGUGAAUGGAGGGGGGAUGGCAUUGAUUUGUACCCACGCGCACUUCACAUUGUGUCAUUCAUCCGCAGGUGAGCCCACACCUGUGUAGAUCCAGAUGUUUUGGUGCUCACCGCCACUCUGCCACUUUUUGUUUUAUUCCAUUCAGACAAAGGGGGCUCUCAUCCCGGCCCUCCUUCAUUCUAUAUAAAUCGGAAGGUUUAUGAUAGUUACUAUUAAGGAGAUUAUUUGGGUUCCCUAAUCUCCAAUCUGAGGAUUACCCGAGGGCUAUUGGUGUGUCCAGAUUAUUACGUCUCUUUUCUAGGCCCCUCUGUUUACACCCCCGCACCGAGUGACGCGGAUUGUUUUUGUCUCGGGAAGUUUUUUUUUUUGUUUUGUUUUUUUUAAAUCACACAUCAUCGGCUCAAAGUAGAUACCUUGUAUUUUAAAGGUAGAUGCUGUAAGUGGUCCCAUACUUUUUUUUGUGUGUGUGUGGUCGAUCGGAAGUUCAGCGGACCGUCAUGGAGGAGUCGUCGGUGCCCCCGAUUGACCCAGAUUUCGAGCCGCAGAGCAGACCCCGCUCCUGCACGUGGCCGCUGCCGAGGCCCGACAUCUCGGCUGUCAAACCGGAGAGCGCCGAUGGCACCGAGUCCACCGCCGGGACCCCGCCCGCCGACGAGGACAAGCCCGAGGCGCAGCAAAUCACGUCCGAGCCGGAGAAGGCUGCGGCUGCGGCGGCGGCGGCGGGGGAGGGCGGGGUCGUGGCCGGCGUGGGCGGAGCCGGCGCGACGCCCCGCAAAGGAUCAUCCCGCCGGAACGCGUGGGGGAACCAGAGCUACGCUGAUCUGAUUAGUCAGGCCAUCGAGAACUCACCUGAGAAGAGGCUGACCCUGGCGCAGAUCUACGAGUGGAUGGUGAAGACGGUGCCUUACUUCAGAGACAAAGGAGACAGCAACAGCUCAGCGGGGUGGAAGAAUUCAAUUCGCCACAAUUUAUCACUCCACAACAAGUUCCUGAGGGUUCACAAUGAAUCGACAGGCAAGAGCUCCUGGUGGAUGCUCAACCCAGAGGGAGGGAAGACCGGGAAAGCUCCUCGCCGCCGAGCCGCCUCCAUGGACAACAGCAGCAAACUGCUGAAGAGCCGCAUGAGGGCCAAGCAGACCAAGAAGCAGGCCGGAGCAGCCGGGCUGGGCGGCGCUGGAGGGGCGCUGCAGGGUGACGGCAGCACGGCCUCAGCGGGCGCAGACAGCCCCAACUCAUCCCAGCAGUUCCCCAAAUGGGUCAACAGCAGCAGCCCCUCGUCCCGCGGCAGCCUGGACGACAGCGACAUGUGGACCACCUUCCGCCCACGCACGAGCUCUAACGCCAGCACUCUGAGUGGGCGUCUGUCCCCCAUCGCUCCUGGACAGGAGGAUGACGAUAACCUGCCCGAAGACUCGCUGCUGGGGAGAUACACUGCCAGCAGCUUGACCCCCACCCUCACCGAGACCCUGAUGGAGGAGCUGGAUCUGAUCGACGGCCUCACUUUGAUGACUCAGCAGCAGGGAGGGGCCAGUCCCAGUACAGCCCCACCAGCACCUCCCACUCCACUGCCCUCCGCCUCCACCCUGCUGCCUCGUGGCUCCAGCUUCUCCUCCUUCCAUCAGCUGCAGCCAUCCAGCCUCCCACAGGCCCCCACCCACACCGGGACCCAGGCCUCCAUCUCUCAGUGUGGACCAGGCAGCAAAGAGCCGUCGACCUUCAGCAACUCCCUCUUCAACCCCAUGACCAGCUCCGCCUCUCGCGGUAGCGGCCAUUUCAGCACCCAUGUGCCUUCCAGCCUGGAGGCGCUUCUCACCUCCGACUCCCCCCCUCCCAGUGAUGUCAUGAUGACCCAAGUAGACCCCCUCAUGCCCAAUCCUGGAGGGGUGGGCCUGAUGGGCCUGGGCACAUCCGUGGGCGUGAGGUCCAAACCCAAUCAGCUGCUGUUGGGUAAAGGACUGGAGCCGAACACGGCCCCCAUGGCGCUGCAGGCCCAGAUGCAGCCACAGCAGCACCACCUCCACCACCAGCAGCAGCAGCAGCCGCAGCAGCAACAACCGCCACGACAACACCAGCAUCACUCUCAGAUGGGGCUGGGGAUGAUCCUCUCAGGUAUGUCUCAGGACCCAUCGCAGCUCUCCGCGCUCAAAGCCCAUCACGCCACGGUGUCAGCUGUGGGCUCUCAUCACGGAGUGCCCGUCACCUCAGCCAAUCCUGGCGCGAGCCUGCAGGGGAUGAGUCAGUUCGGAGCUCCGUCCUGUUUCCAGACCGGUCAGGACCGGCUGCCCACAGACUUGGACAUGGACAUGUUCACCGAGAACCUGGAUUGUGACGUGGACUACAUCAUCAACAGUGACCUCAUGGACGGAGACGGCCUCGACUUCAACUUUGACCCCAUACUGCCCGGAGGCCAAGGCUACGCCGGCCCUGCCACCACGCAGGGCUCAGCUCACAGCUGGGUGCCGAGCUAAUUCCUCCGCUGCCCUGCAGUCAGCCAGGAACAGAUCUCCAAUCAAUAUAACCUCACAAAACGACAGAGCGACCGGUGCAUUCCUCCUCCCUGCUGGCUGGAGGUACUAUUUUCAGAUUCGAUGCUUCUCUCGGACUCUAAAGACAAAACCAGACCUCACUCAUGUCACGUGCCAAGACAUGCAGAGGACGGGGAGGAGACUCACGCUACUAUGCACAAGUUUUCUCUGUUUUUUUUUUGUUUUUUUUUUAAACAAAUAUAUAUAUAACACUUGCAAUGAUUUGGCUGCUAGCCGUUUUUUCUUUUAAUCCGAACUGAUGAUUUUUAAAGACGUGUGACUUUUUUUUAGAGUGAAAAGACAAAUCGUUAACUCCCCUCCGCCGGGAGUUUAUGUUUCAGUCGUGUUACACCAGAAUAGCUUUAGGGUGGAUAUGGUACUCGAUGGCUUUGGUAUUGAAGAAUCGACGGACUUUGCGCUUUUGGAGAAACGGCCAGUUUUCCAUUGACACUCGCCAAGCGUGAAUCGCCAGACCAAAUGCUGUUUGAUCGUCUGAAUAAGGUGCAACAGGAGUCUGUGCAAAUUUUGAGGACUGUGUUGUGAACAGGUGGAGGAUCAAGACUGUAGACGACUGGAGGUAUGAAAUGUUUGAUUCAACAUUGGCUACACAUCUCGCCCAAUCGUGUACUUGGACUGUGAUCACAUGUACGAUUCAGCGUUCUCUCCUUAGAGAAAAACAACAAAAAAAAAACAACCUAAAUUUGGUGAUUGAACAGUGUAAGAGGUGUAUGUAUUUGCAGUUUGGCAUUUUUUGGUGUUAGAUUUUAGAGGAUGUUUUUAUUUUUAAAUCCCUGAUGUGCAGUUAAACUAACAAAAUGAAGAAAUGUGAUUUGUGAAUUUAUACACAGGGCAUUCAAGGGUAAUUUUUUGUUUUUUUUUUGCCAACAAGUGAUUGGUUGGCCAAGUAUUAUAUCGUGUCAGACAGCAGUAUGCCUCCACCGUAAAAUCGUCUACCUGGUUACUCUUUCCAUUGAGCCCGUGCAUUUUCAAAGCACUUAGGUUUCCUGUUUCACAGGGACCCCAAACUACAUCCAUGUUAGGUUAUACCAUUUCAUUAAAAGAAUUUAAUCCUGUAAAACAAACAAACAAAAAAAAAACAUUUAAUGUACACGUUGCACAUGUACAUGAGGACACGCUAUGCAGAUUUAUCAGGAAAAGAGAUGAAAUCUUGAAGGAAAUUUGUAAAAUCACUUCUCGAAGGGUUUUGCUAUUUAACAUUUUCCUGAUAUUUUGUUGUUGGGGGGGUUUUUGGGGGGACGUGGGUGUCAAAUAUCCUCUCACACUUUUAAUUAUUCAAUUAUUCAGUUCAAGAAAAUUAAUUCACUGUGUGAGAAGUACAAAAAAAAAGAAUAUAUUUGAUUAUAGUUUUAAUAUACUAUUUAGAUGGAGGUAAUAAAUGAGAUAUUAAUACAUAUGAAUAUAUUACUAAUGACAAGUGAUGUUUUUUUUACAUUGGAAGAAGCAUUUUCAGAUAAUUUCUAACGGUAAUUUUCUAUACUUUUAUUUUUGUAAAGGAUGAGAUGCAUGUAGAUUUUUUUACAUAACCAAAGGAACACUAAUAUUUUGCAUUUGCAUGGCAUUUGUAGGGAGCGCUUGGGCCUGACACAGUAUCUCGGUGUACAUAUGCUUUACAACAUGCCUGUAACAUGAAAUCUGAGGCAAAAGUGCAUCGAUACUUGACCGCUUUGACUAAAAAAAAGAGUUUCCCAAUUAUCUGCCUCAUUCUUAUUUUCUGCAUUAACCAUGAAUCCAAGUUUUAAAGAAUAAUAAAUCGAUGCCGAAACGUGGCGUGGCGAAAAAAAAAAAAAAGAAAUCGCCAAAUUCUCAUCUCAAAAACAAGACUAAUACAACUGUUACCUCUCAGGGUCGCUCGAAAAGGAAAAAUCGACAGGAAAAAUAAAAACGUGUGCACAGACGUAAUCAGAUCGACAACAAAACAUAUUUAUUCUACACAAUAUCUGUUACCACCGACUGGAAACCAACACACCGUGUCUUUUUUGUUUUGUUUUCCUGGAGACGUUUCUGUCGAGCUGAUCUCAGAUUUGACUUCCCUUUUAUUUUGUUUUUUUAGAGAAAUGUAUUUUUAGCUCUCCAGCCAUGUAUAUCGGUAAUAGCCUCUCCCUUGGGUUAUUAUGAUUAUUUUCUUUUCUUGACUGCCAAUAUUUAAAACACUAUUGCGUGACGUUACUCUGUAGCAACAUGGACUCUAUUUUGUCACCUCCCCCCACGUAAAAAAAAAAAAUCCCUUGUGUUUUGUGUUUAUAUUUAAUUACGUUGUUUCAUAACCGUGAUCAGACAAAAUAACAUCCCUGCAGUUAAAACUCUUUGAUAUUCAUCAUUUCACUGUAGCUAUGUGAAUACGUUAGCCUCAGAUUUGUACAAAGCACUCUUGUUUGUUUUAUUUUUAUUUUUUUUUCUCUUUAUUGAAUGGUGCUAGAUGUCAUUUGUGAUGUAUCCUGGAGUACGCCGUGAUAUCGUGGGUGCAUAUCAGGGCCUUUUUGAAUUCUCUGUAUACAGCACAAAUAUCUUGAUUUGGUGUAAUCAAUCCACAUCUUCCCCCUCCUUUGUUUUUAUCUCUUUAUAUAUAUAUACAUAUAUAAAUGAUAACACCCCCCUCCCCCCUUCAACUGGUCACUUAAGUAGCUCUGGAAACAGACGACUGGCUUGUGCGAACUGCAUGAUUUUCUUCUUUUUUGAAAUCAUAACGUGUAAUUAUUUUUAGGAAGUUGUAUAUGCAACAAACCCCCCCCCACAGCCUUUUUGAACUGAUGUCCAGCUGUUGGAGAUGUUAUAAACAGAGCGGUGGUCGGUUGAAUCUGAUGUCUCUAGUUUAUUGUUGCCUCCUUAAAAAAAAAAAAAAAGAAAACGGGCAGCUGUGGUGUUAUUACUCCCCUUGUAUCUCCCCCCUUUAAGUAAUAACUUCUAUCUACAUAUUUUUUUUCCCUCAGUUUUCUUAAACUAGCAGUUAGUCCCUGUAUGUUUGUUUUUGAAAAUCUAAAAUUGCCCCCAUUUGAUACAGCAUUUUAGUAUUCGGCGAGGGUGGGUUUUUGUACUUUUGAUUUUCCCCUAGGGGAGGGUUGGGGUGGGCAGGUAAUGAUAUGUUGUGCAUACGCCAAUUAUGUUAACAAUUUUUGAUUAAUGUUGAUAGUUUUUUUCUUUCUUUCUUCUCCCCCUCAAGUCUUUUUUUCUUUCUUUACACAGUGUAAAGUCAGCCAGAGAUGACAAAACGCUCUGAACAGCAGAAAUAAAUUCAAUAAACUGUUUAACCUA